UAAAACUUCAGCGCCCGCGUGAAAAGGGUCCAAAGGAAGAAUGUUGUCUUAGGAAACACUCGCUUACUAAUCUUUUCACUAUCACUAUGGUUCUCGUUACCCGCUUCUGGCUACCCAAGCACCCCAAACACGAUGGGAAUCAAGAAGACAAACUCAGCAAAGACAAUAGGGCUGAACAGCAAACCCAAGUCACGCCAAUAUCGAUUUCUCUCAAGCGACUGUUUCUACCAAAGCAGGAUUCGGCAAAGGCUCCAUGGGUUCCAAAUAUCUCGGCCGUUAUCAAAGCUGCAGAUGAGGGUUUGAUUUCUUCCGCACUAUUCACAAGUCUCCAAGAAGAAGACGGACAAAUACCGCUUAGCGCUCUAUACCAAGCAUUUGAAAAGGAAAUCCGCGCUCAUUAUCCUCUUGAGAGAUAUCCGUACGCUACAGAUGUAAUCAAAGGCCAUACCCUAGCGAGGAAACCUUCAGGAGCCCUUGGCCGAUCUAAAUCGGUAUCAGGGACUUCGCGGGCAGAGGCCAGCUUGAAAAUGCAGAGGAAAAGUAUGGACCUGUCGAUGACAGAGCUGGGACGGGCUAGAAGUCUCGUUGUAAAGAAGUGGUCGUCGCCUCUAGUAUCGAUGCGUAACGGACUACCAAACGAUGGAAGCCGCCAAACCGGGAAAAAGACAUGGGCCAAAGACGGACAGAAAGCAAAAGUUGAAAAAGGCCGGACAACCAUAACGAUCACACCCGCCGAACUCACUGCCCUUGCCAUCAUGCUCGGGAGCGAACCGAAGCGCAAUGUCGACAAGACGGUUUUCGUCUCAGAGACGGGCGCCUACAACAUCUCCAUAGUCCCCGUGCAAACAGGCGGAUCAAAGUACCAAAUCACCCUCCAGCAAACCAAGCGCAACAAAUGCCAAUGGCAUGCUCAAGACUCUGGUGUCUCCCCCCUCUUCGCAAAGCAUCUCGCUGCCGGCUCCCUGCCCUUCACCCAAGACGUCCAAAACACCCACAGCAUCCUCAUCACCCCCUCGACCCUCGAAGCCAUCCAGUCAGGCUCCCCGCUCUCCACCCACGCCAACUCAACCCCUACAAAGCAAACCAGCCUGCUAUCCUCCCUCCCUUCCUCACUCGCUCCCAAAUUUUACACACUCACCCCCUCAACCUCCCUCCAACCCCCCACCGCCCUCCUGAACGCCAUCGCCGCCCUACCCUUCUCCCGCGGCCUCACCCCCCUCGCCUCAACCCCCCUCAUAAGAACAAUAUCCUUCAUCACCACCGGCGGCGUCGCACCCGGCAAGCUCCUCCCCCGCCUCGAAGCCCUCGUCGCCAAACUCCACCGUCACUCCCCCCACCUCUCCCUCUUCGGCGCCCUCUACGAACAGCGAAACGCAAAAGCCCUGCAUCGCGAGCGUGAGCGCCUGCGCCGCCUCGGUGUCGACCCCACGACUCCGGACUCGCGGGCUGAUAAGGCGGCGAGGAUGUCGCGGUACGUGGCGCUGCUAGAGCGCUUGAUGGCGCUGGUGCCGGAUGCGAAGCCCAGCGAAGUGCUGAAGAAGGUGGAGGAGGGUGCAAGGAUUGAGAUUGCGGAUGCGUAUGCUAGGGCUACGGGUACGGGUAGUACGUCUAGGUCUGGCUCUACUGCUUCUGACACUGCUACCACUACUGCUCCAGCUGCGCAGUCAGCUGUGCCAGCAGCCAAGUCAGAGAGUCCGGAGCGACGGCUGCGACGGCGGCCCAAUCGCUUGAGUUUUGUCUCGCGUGCUUCGACGGGGUCGAGUACGAGUUUUGGGUCUUACGAUGGAGUUGUAGGGGAUCUAGGGAAGCAACUUGAGCGUGUGCUCAAGGCGGAGUUGCCGUUGGAUGUACGCACUGUGGCGUUUGUGGCGCGUAUGGUAAUUGUGGCGUGGACUUUGAGUGUGGAUGGUGUGGCAUUCGAAGGCGGAGAGGGAGAGAGCGAAGAAGGGGAGUACAAGAUUCCUGAUUUCACUGGCUGGGAUAGGAUCGUCAUGUCUUAAAGGAUUUUCUUUCCUUUGUUGUUUUUCCCUUUUCUUUUUUGUGUGUUACUACUAAGAUACCAAUCAUAUCCUUCUUUUUCCUUUUCCUUUGGGGUGGAAUAUUAUCACUACAACAUAGUAGUACUAGAACAUCAUCGCUACAACCUAGAAGUACUAGGCCAUCAUCAUUACUACGCCUCGAAAUUGUACAUCACUAUCACAUCGUCAC